CCGUUUUGGGGGUGGGGGCUAGUGGAGGAUGAUGUCCCGUGACGCAAUCGCGUAUUCAACUAAACAUUUAAAGGAGCUUUUUAAAAGAGCCGCCGGCUCGAGCUGGGGACCGGUAAGCGCGCGAUGGCCGGGAAGCGGUACCGCCAUCACUGACAAUAACGGCAGCCAGAAGGCGACCGGGCCGCCUCCCGUCAAUUCCUGAGGUAAACUCGGACUGACUGCCAUGGAGAGGUUCACGGAUUCCAAUGAGAAAUGGAGAUUUAGUCUUUUGCAUCUUGUGUAUUUCUGUGGAAAAGACUAUAGAUGUCAAAAUGAUAUCUCAAAACAAGAUUUACACUUAUGCCUCUGAGAGCUGCAAUGAAACCUUUUAAAAUGAGAAAACCUGAACAUUGAAGCUGAAAAACCGUACAAACCUGUACAGGAGUGAAACUAUCCAAUAUGCGCAUCAGCAUGAGAAGAAUUGUUCUACUUACUUGCUGUGCUGUUGCUACUAUGAUGAUGUUUCACAUGGGCCAGCACAUGUGGGAAUGCCAACAAAUAUUGAAUCAGAAUGGGGGCUGGUUCAGUGGCAGACGAAAGCAUAGUAUGAUGAAGCCAGAAAAGGAUGAAUUGGUCAUGUAUAACUCAAAAAACAUUGAAUAUCGCUACAGUAAAAAUAUGCCUCUAAUCUUCAUAGGUGGAGUGCCCCGAAGUGGGACAACAUUAAUGAGAGCCAUGAUGGAUGCACAUCCAGAAAUACGCUGCGGUGAAGAAACUCGGAUCAUUCCACGUGUGCUGGCCAUGCGUCAGGUGUGGUCUAAAUCAGAACGUGAAAAGAUGCGCUUGAAUGAAGCAGGAGUGACAGACCAUGUCCUAGACGCGGCAUUGCAAGCAUUUAUUUUAGAAGUAAUUGCAAAACAUGGUGAACCAGCAAAAUACUUGUGCAAUAAGGACCCUUUCACCUUAAAGUCUUUAAAUUAUCUGUCCAAACUGUUCUCACAAUCUAAGUUUAUUCUGAUGAUACGAGAUGGCCGGGCAUCGGUGCAUUCCAUGAUUACAAGAAAAGUGACGAUUGCUGGAUUUGACCUUAACAGCUACAGGGAUUGUAUAAUCAAAUGGAAUAAAGCUAUUGAAAUUAUGUAUGGACAGUGUAUGGAGGUGGGACCCUCCAGGUGCCUCUCUGUUUAUUAUGAGCAGCUAGUAUUGCAUCCCAGAAAAACUAUGGAAGAGAUAAUGACAUUUCUGAAUAUUCCAUGGAAUGAUGCUGUUUUGCAUCAUGAAGAACUAAUAGGAAAAUCAGGAGGAGUCUCACUUUCAAAAAUUGAACGAUCCACUGACCAGGUUAUCAAGCCAGUUAAUCUUGAGGCCUUGACCAAGUGGGUGGGACAUAUUCCAAAUAGUGUGGUUGAAGACAUGGCACGGAUAGCACCUAUGUUGGCCAAGCUGGGAUAUGAUCCCAAUGCCAACCCACCAAAUUAUGGGAAUCCUGAUGCACUUGUUGUAAAUAACACCAAAAGGGUCUUGCAAGGUGACUUUAAAACACCUGUCAAUUUAAAAGGACCUUCUCCGGUAAAGCUGAAUGUUACAGCAACUGGACUUCGGUAGCAACAAAACAGUGCAUAAUGACAGAGGGAAUCAGAUUGUCUGGAAGACACAAUAGAAAAUGAAGAAAUUACUGGAAAUAUAAACUGGAAUCAUCAACACUUGCUGAGAGAACUUCGUAUCUGUACAUACUGUAGAGUUUUUGAUGGAAGGAAUGUAUCUGUGACCAUCUUAGUGAAUUUUGACUAUUUGUGAAGAAAGCUAAUUUAAUGAUGCUUUUUUCUCCAAAGCUAAAGUUUGCUAAAUAUUUCCAUAAUGAAGUCAUUAAUGUAAAGAUCUGUGUUCCGUGUUGUAAGUGAUGUUGCAUUGUUGGUUUUCUGUGAUGGCUGUUUUGUUUUAAUUUGGCCAUGCUUUCUUAAUGCCUAUAAGUGAUCAUUAUGACAUGAGCAGUGCUUUAAACUGCUGUAUUAUUUCCUACCACCACUGUGACAAUCUAGACUGUGUAAUCCUUUUGGUUUUUCUCUUACAAAGUAUUUAUAAUAAUGGGUGCUGAGUGUACUUAAUCAAUUAGUACUACUCAAUUUCCAAGUUAAAACUGGCAGUUUUACCCCAGAAAAUAAUCAAUGUCUAAGUGAAAUUCAAGCAAAGAGUUCAGAUAACAGUUUUUGUUCAUAGCUAAAUCCUUAAUAUAGCAUACUAAAAACAGAAAAUGCUGGAAGUACUCAGUAGGUUGCACAUUUAUAGAGAAUAUUAAUUCUUAAAUUCACACCAGUUUAGUUUUAUUAUGUGAAAAAUGUUGCUUUUGUUUUUAAAGACCUUCAAACAAAGUUCUUGUUUUUGUUUUAUUUUUCGUGCCAUGGCUGGCAGUCUUGUACAGUUUUGCUUUGGGUGACCACUGUAAUAAAAGCUCAGAAGAAUCUGAGCUGGAGGUGACUUAAAUCUGCAUCCACGUGAAGUCUGAUACUAAUAGUGGACUGGUAGAACUUGAAGUAAAUAGCAUUGAAAGAAGCUGGGUCCUUAAUGUUAUAAAUGUCUUCGCUGGAGUAGUGCCAGGUGACACAGGAUACUUCAUAAUACUAUGAUGUAUUCUGUAUAACUUCCAGAUCUUCAGUUGUAAAUUGCAUAAAACUUCAGUCAUCUGCAUAUGAUAACUUGGUUAUGUUGCAAAAGAAAACCUGGGGAAAUCAUUGCCUAUCCAGUUGUUCUGUUGCUAUGUUAAUGUUCUUUAUCCAACUUUCACUAGCAAAUGGUAUUAGGUGGCCACCCCUGCUCAAUCUUGCCUUUCAAAAUGGAGCUACAAUAACUUCAUGUUACAUUUUAAAAUAAAAUCUUUCUGUUCUGACCAGAUUCUGAAAAUUCCUGGAAGAUAAAGAAAAUUUAGGUAAGGUUUACUGUUCAAGAUUUUCUUUAUCUAAAGGAAUGUCACUUGGCAUAAUACCAAGUGAAUUCUAAAUUACAUAAAAUACAUCUUGCACAAGAGCAGAUCAUUUUGUCUGAUAGUCUGUGGUGACAUUUAUAUUUCACAUAAGCCUCCUUCUAAUCAUUUUUUUUCAGCUUUUCACAUCUCUCCUCCCACCUACUUGUCUAGUUUGUUUUGAUAGCAGGUAAUUUUAUACCUUUGAAAACAUCUAUGUAGUGGCGUGCUCCACACCCUAACCAUUUUGAAUAUAGUAACAUUUCUUUAUUUCCUGAGAGGAUUUAUUCGGAAUCGUCUUGAAUUAUUGGCCCCUAUUUUUGCAUUGUUCAGAAGCCUAAACAUGGAAAUCCUUUUUAUUGUUUCUGACGGUGGGGGGUGGCGGAAGCAUUCAGUCUUUCCCUUUAGUUAUAAUCAAUUUUUGGUCCCAUCCUCAAACCAUUUUUGUACUUCUUUCCGGUACUUUUAUGUCUAGUUCGUGGUGUGAAGAUUAAAAAAUGAAUGUUACAGCCACAUGACCAGAGUCCUGUGUAGGUUUAACAUAUUUCACUGUUUUAAUUGCUUUGCUGACAUGCUUUAUUGAUUGAUUUUCACCUUCAUUGUUGGAGCUCGUUGGUCUUCUACCACUACUUUUUUAACGAGGUAUAGAACUUGUUUGUGUUCUCCCUGCCAAGGAGUAUCACCUCACAUUUUAUUUAGUGUUCCUUUGCCACCCACCUGCCCAAUCAGCAAGUGUCUAAAAACAUUGUGUUGUGUUCUUCCUCAGCUUUUAACUGUACACCAAUUUCAUGUCGUUGUGAAGCUUUGAUUAUUGAGUAACUUGUGAUAGAGUCCAAUCAUUUACUGAGUUAUGACUAACAAUGGUCUUUGGAGACACUGCUUUCAUAUUUCUUCAAUGUGAAUAACUAUUCUUUAACACUACUGUCUGCUGCUUGUUUUUAAGAUUUGCUUAUUCAUCCAGCUAUUUGUCUUGACUCGGUGUGCCCAACAGUUGUCAACGGCCUUCUGUCAACUACCUUAAUUAAACAGUUACACUUCAUUUCUCACUAAAAGUAAAUAUUUCUAUUAUUGCUGAUUAAACUAAAUGGGUUGAUCUCUUAA